AUGGCUCCCCAAACAAAGAAGUCCGGCAAGCAGGCCAAGACGACGAAGAAGUUCGUCAUCAACGCCCAGCAGCCCGCUAGCGACAAGAUCUUCGACACCGCUGCCUUCGAGAAGUUCCUCCAGGACAAGAUCAAGGUUGACGGCCGCACUGGCAACCUCGGCGAUGCCAUCGUUAUCCAGCAGGCUGGCGAGGGAAAGAUCGAGAUCAUCGCCCACAACGAGCUCUCCGGUAGAUACCUCAAGUACCUGACCAAGAAGUUCCUCAAGAAGAUGCAGCUCCGUGACUGGCUCCGCGUCGUGUCUACCUCCAAGGGUGUCUACGAGCUCAAGUUCUUCAACGUCGUUAACGACGAGGCUGAUGAGGAUGAGGAUUAA